AUUAUCAGAAAUUUUUGGGGGAGAUUCGUCGUCUCGCGUUACCGUGAAUUGUUGUUGCCUUUGUUGGGAUUGUUAUCUGGGAAGAGAAGAAGAAGAAAUGGGGAAGCAGCCGGUGAAAUUGAAGGCGGUGGUUUACGCACUUUCGCCGUUUCAGCAGAAGAUCAUGACGGGUCUCUGGAAGGAUCUACCGGAGAAGAUCCACCACAAGGUCUCUGAGAAUUGGAUCAGCGCCACUCUUCUCGUUACUCCUGUCGUUGGAACCUACUGGUAUGCUCAGUACUUCAAGGAACAAGAGAAGCUUGAGCACAGAUUCUGAAGCAUGAAGUCACUCUCCGUUCCUACAAGAACUCUAUAGUUUGAAUUUCACUCCUUUUGUUUUUAUUUUGAAAACUCAUGUGGGAAUCGUCUGAGUCAGUUUUUCUGAACUCUAUUGAUAAAUAAAUGUUUUGGUUUUAUGACAAUGACUGUUGAUGUUCA